AUGUGGAACCGUUCAGAGGCGCCAAGCAGCAUGUCACCGGAUAAGACGAUCGCCAUGACGAGAACUUCUGUGGGGGAGCGCUAUCAGAGCUCUCGAUCGAGCACUUGGACAAAUUUUUCGCAGAUCCCGCCCAGUGACCAGGCUCGCUUCUUCUCAAAAUUGUCGACGAUAUGGCCAUUUGCUUGGGAGCGCCGUGCUGUCCAGCAUCCGUUGCAUGUUUCUCUAUUGGCCAAUUCGGCAACGGCUGCUCUAAUUGCUACCCGGAUCACGGCGGAUCUGGUGCUUUACGAGCCAAAAUUGCCAUUUAUCGACGCGUCCCGGCGAAUCCCGUUUCCGCCUCUCGUUUUUGGCGUCUACGCGUCCGGCGUCACGCUUUUUAUGCUCCAUACGAUCAUGAUAGUGCCGGCAUUGUAUCGCGAAGUCGAUCCAUGUGCGUCUUGUGUGCUGUCUAAGCACGUCUUGAUCUCCCUCGCAUCUGGUAUUGCAUUGCCAAUGCUUUCGACACCGUAUCUGGCAUAUUAUUAUGUCGUGAAUUCCUCAGAUAAAAAUAGAUUCCCCCCGAUCACCAAGGCGCAAGAAAUGUUUACGCUUUGUUUAAAAGGCAAUAAAGCGGCCCGACCGUUAAUGCCGUUCCUGGUGGCUUUCCAAUUCGUCGUAGCUUCAUUAUCGGCCUAUACACAGCUCUGGGGAAGGAAUAGAAUAUUUGCUACAAUGGACGCCGACCCAGAUCUGGCCAAGGAGAUUAUCAUCGAGGCACAAGUCCGACAAACCAUGAAAGAAAAGAUAACCGGCUUCCUGCGAGGUAUCCCGUUGGUGGGCGAUGUGAUCGAGGGCGAGUCGCCGGAAAAGGAUCGAUUA